ACUUCAUACUUCAUUGUCGUCGGUGAUUCUCUGCCUCCGCCGCCGCCGACGUUCAACCAAUCUCGUCGUUCGCGCUCCUUCACUGCGCUGCUCUGCUCUUCAUCCCGCCGUCAGCAGCCCAGACCUCCACCACCUCCCACCGGUAUAUCUUUAGCUUCUCUUGCUCUGCUCAGGAACCUAUCUGUGUUUCUGAGAGAGAGUUAGACUUGAAUCGACAAUGGCGGGAGGCAAGAUGAAGAAGGAAAAGGGCAAGUCCCAACAGAGCACUCCUUACCAAGGCGGAAUAUCGUUUCACAAAUCGAAGGGUCAGCAUAUACUCAAGAACCCCUUGCUUGUGGAUGCUAUAGUGCAGAAAUCUGGUAUCAAAAGCACUGAUGUGAUCCUUGAGAUUGGUCCCGGUACUGGAAACUUGACGAAGAAGCUUUUGGAAGCGGGGAAGAAGGUUAUUGCUGUUGAGAUUGACCCUCGUAUGGUUCUUGAGCUGCAGAGACGAUUCCAGGGGACACCUUACUCCAGCCGCCUCACGGUUAUUCAAGGUGAUGUCCUGAGGACUGAACUUCCUUAUUUUGACAUAUGCGUGGCGAAUAUUCCUUAUCAAAUAUCUUCCCCUCUCACAUUCAAGUUACUAAGCCACCAGCCUGCAUUUAGGUGUUCCAUCAUUAUGUUCCAGAGAGAAUUUGCAAUGAGAUUGGUAGCUCAGCCAGGUGAUAAACUCUAUUGUCGACUUACUGUGAACACACAACUCCAUGCUCGAAUCUUCCACCUCCUCAAAGUUGGAAGAAACAACUUUAGGCCUCCACCUAAGGUUGAUUCCUCUGUAGUACGAAUCGAGCCUAGAAAGCCCCGCAUUGAAGUUAAGCAGAAGGAAUGGGAUGGGUUUCUGCGGAUAUGUUUCAACCGAAAGAACAAGACUCUUGGCUCGAUAUUCAGGCAAAAGAAUGUGAUCUCUUUGCUCGAGAAAAAUUACAAGACUGUGCAGGCACUGAAACUCUCACAAGAAGGUCCACUUGAGGAAACAGACACUAAAGUAGACUUCUCUAGUUUUGGUGAUGAUCAAGGUAUGGAUGUGGAUGACGAUGGAAUGGAUGAUGAUGAAAUGGAAGUUGAGGAUGGGGGCAUAGAUGAAGUGCAAUCUGAAUUCAAAGACAAGGUUUUGAGUGUUUUGAAAGAGGGAGAUUUUGAAGAGAAGAGGUCAUCCAAACUCUCACUUCAGGAGUUCCUCUACCUGCUUUCUCUAUUUAACAAAGCUGGCAUACACUUCUCCUGAUUUUCGAUUUUAUCAUUUUCUUAGUAUUUGUUUUCACUGUUUAAAUCGAUUAUAAUAUUUUGAAUGAGUUCAGAUGUUAUCAGAUAAUAACUAUUUAGUAUUUAGGCGUUGUAUUUUGUUGAGCUCCUACAUAGAUUUACAACUAUAAUUUUGUCAAGUCAGAUUAAAUGUUAUUCUUUUAAUGCUAUAUGAGGAUCUGCAUUUUGAUUGAACAAA